AUAGAAGACCCUCUCUCUCUCUGUCUCUCUCGUACAACCUUAGGAUCUUCCUCUUAUAAUAAAACACAAAAGCGUUAACAUUCCCGAUUCAACCUUCGAAACUCCCAACACCUAUAAACCAUACCCACCUCCAAUUUCUGCGUCUCUCUCUUUCUCUUCCCUUCUCUCUGAAUUGCUGGUGACCCCUUUUCUCUCUCCUUUCUCACGGGGGUCGUCGAGUCUCCUCUCUUCUCCCCCCAAAAAAAAAAAAAAAAAAAAGAAAAAAAAAAAUAAAUCCAAAUCCAAUCCAAUUCCCCCAAUCCAAUCCUCCGAUCAAAACCCUCGGGAAUUGUGCAAUGUCGGAGAUGGCGAACACCGACCCUGAGGGGAUCGACGGAGUCCGCAUGACGUGGAACGUCUGGCCCCGCACAAAAGUCGAGGCCAGCAAGUGCGUGAUCCCACUCGCCGCCUGCAUCGCCCCGAUCCGCUUCCACACCGACAUCCCCACGCUCCCCUACGCGCCUCUCCGCUGCAAGACCUGCUCCGCCGUCCUCAACGCCUUCUCGCGCGUCGACUUCAACGCCAAGAUCUGGAUCUGCCCUUUCUGCUACCAGCGCAACCACUUCCCUCCCCACUACUCUAUGAUCUCCGAGACCAACCUCCCCGGCGAGCUCUACCCUCAGUACACCACCGUCCAGUACUCCCUUCCCCCCGAUUCGACGCCGCACUCGCUGCCGGCGCCGGUCUUCGUCUUCGUGCUCGACACGUGUAUGAUCGAGGAGGAGAUGGGGUAUGUCAAAUCGGCGCUGAAGCAGGCGAUUGGGCUGCUGCCGGAGAAUGCUUUGGUUGGGUUCAUCUCGUUCGGGACUCAGGUGCAGGUGCAUGAAUUGGGGUUCCCCGAAUUGAGCAAGGUCUAUGUGUUUAGGGGGACUAAGGAGAUUUCCAAGGAUCAGAUUCUGGAGCAAUUGGGCCUGGUUAGUUCCGGCCGGAGGCCCGGUCCUGUUGGAGGAGGGUACAACCAGCCAAAGGGGCUGCAGAAUGGGUUUCCUAAUUCGGGGGUCACCCGAUUUCUCUUGCCCGCUUCGGAAUGCGAAUGCACGCUCGAUGCGUUGUUGGAUGAAUUGCAAAGCGACCAGUGGCCUGUGCCGCCUGGUAAUAGGUCGUCAAGGUGUACCGGAGUGGCCGUGAGUGUUGCAGCCGGUUUGCUUGGGGCUUGUGUGGCUGGAACUGGGGCACGGAUUGUAGCCUUGGUUGGUGGUCCGUGUACUGAAGGGCCAGGAGCGAUUGUUUCAAAAGAUCUAUCAGAACCAGUACGUUCCCAUAAAGAUCUGGAUAAGGAUGCAGCCCCAUACUUUAAGAAAGCAGUCAAGUUUUAUGAUAGUCUUGCGAAGCAGCUAGUUAGCCAGGGUCAUGUCUUAGACCUCUUCGCAUCUGCACUUGAUCAGGUUGGAGUUGCAGAAAUGAAAGUUGCAAUUGAAAAGACAGGUGGACUUGUUGUUCUGGCAGAAAGUUUUGGUCAUUCUGUAUUCAAAGAUUCUUUCAGGCGUGUCUUUGAACAAGGGGAGCAGUCUCUUGGCCUUUGUUUUAAUGGCACCCUUGAGAUAAACUGUUCAAAGGACAUCAAAAUUCAGGGGGUCAUUGGACCUUGCACGUCAUUGGAGAAGAAAGGACCUGCUGUUGCCGAUACUUCCAUAGGAGAAGGGAAUACAACAGCGUGGAAAAUGUGUAGCCUUGACAGGAGUACUUGCUUGACAGUUUUCUUUGAUUUAUCAUCAAGUGAUCAGUCAAAUACACCAGGAACAGUAAACCCACAAUUGUAUUUGCAGUUCCUUACAAGUUUUCAAAACCCUCAAGGUCAAAUGAUGCUUCGAGUAACAACAAUUACUAGACGAUGGAUAGACAGUUCUGUUAGCUCAGAGGAAUUGGUUCAAGGAUUUGACCAAGAGACUGCUGCUGUAGUAAUGGCAAGAAAAACAUCUUUGAAAAUGGAGACGGAGGAGUCAUUUGAUGCUACCCGAUGGCUGGAUCGGGGACUUAUUCGUCUCUGUUCCAAAUUUGGUGACUAUCGGAAAGAUGAUCCAGCAUCCUUUACUUUAAAUCCAUGUUUUUCAUUAUUCCCUCAAUUUAUGUUCAAUCUCCGGCGCUCGCAAUUUGUACAGGUUUUCAACAACAGUCCAGAUGAAACUGCCUAUUUUCGCAUGCUGUUGAAUCGGGAAAAUAUCACCAAUGCUGCUGUCAUGAUUCAACCAUCAUUAAUAUCAUACUCAUUUAAUUCUCUACCUCAGCCAGCAUUGUUGGAUGUUGCUUCCAUUGCAGCUGACCGUAUUCUGUUGUUGGAUUCAUAUUUUAGUAUAGUCAUUUUCCAUGGAAUGACAAUAGCACAGUGGCGUAACAUGGGAUACCAGAAUCAGCCAGAACACCUGGCAUUUGCACAAUUAUUGCAAGCUCCUCAUGAUGAUACACAGAUGAUCAUUCGUGAACGUUUCCCUGUCCCUAGGUUGGUGGUUUGUGAUCAGCAUGGUUCCCAGGCAAGGUUCUUAUUAGCAAAGUUGAACCCUUCGGCAACAUACAACAAUGCACAUGAGAUGGCUGCUGGAUCAGAUGUGAUCUUCACAGAUGAUGUAAGUCUUCAGGUCUUUUUCGAGCAUCUUCAGAGGCUGGCAGUGCAAUCUUAGGAGCUGGAUAGGGUUUCAGAUUCUACAGUUAUACUCGAUUUUGGUGUGGGGAAAUACAGUUGGUUUAAAUUUUCUAUCCCCUCUCAUCCUCCUGUUUCGAUCAAGUAGUUUUCCUUUCCCAUGUAUCUAACAAGAGGUCAGACCCCACAUUCUUUUAAUAAGGAAAAGCUCGCAACAUUCUUUGGGGUGCAGUCUUUGAUUGAACAGGGACACAAAUGAAAUGAGAGUUCGAUAUGUGGAAAGAAAGGUGGACGAGAGAUGUAACUUAUAGAGGCUAAACUGCGUCAGCAGUGUAGCCAGUCAGGAGGAUAUUUUGUGAGAUUUAUUUACUUUUUUUUCUGUAAUCAACCAGGUCAGAACUCGGGAAGUAUUGUCUUGUGUGUCUGAAUUUUAAGUUAUACUCAUGAAUUUGUGAUGCUAGGUUGUAUUUACUUUAAAAUACAUUAGGCCAAAAGAAAUGUCUGGAUCCAUCCAGGUUGGAAUUGAGUACCAUCAAUGUUAUUGCAUAUGGCUGUAGAAUGAUUUUACGAUAUAUGUUGCACUUGCUUUAAAGAGGCCACUCUCAA